AUGGCGCAUAACAUCAGUAAAGAAGAAUACGAGGCGCGGUGCCACGAAAUCGCUAGUCUCGAGACUGUCCUUGCGCGUAUGAGGAGCUCUCUCGACGAUGUGACGGUAACUCGCAAUUCGAGUGGUGGUGGAGGCUUUGGCGGUCCUAAUCAUCGGGCCCAGUCGAGAUUUAGUGGUGGUGCUUUGUUUGGGAACGAGACCCGAAUGCACCAGGCUUCUGGAAGUGGUGGGCUCUUUGGGAACUCGAAUCAGGCGUACCAGGCUUCUGGUGGCUUUGGCUUCGGCAACUCCAAGUCUUAUGAGCCUCCUAGUGGUGGUUUUGGCAGCGGCCGCUAUGAGCCUUACCAGGCUUCUAGUGGCUUCGGCAACUCCAACUCUCACCAGCCUCCUAGUGGUGGCUUUGGUAGCGCCCCUCGGUCUUACCAGGCUUCUGUUGGUAAUGACUUUGGCGAAUCCAAGUCUUAUCAGCCUCCUAGUGGUGGCUUCGGCAGCGCCCCUCGGUCUUACCAGGCUGCUAGAGGUGGUGGUCUCUUCGGAAACUCGAACCAAUCUCAGCAGGCUCCUAGUGGCCUUUUUGGGAACAGCUCCGCGCAAAGCGGCAGUGGUCUCUUUGGCAAUGACAACAACAGCGGUCACGGGUUCGGAGGAGAAGGGCUGUUCGGUCAAGCUCGUUCCAGUGCCGGCCGCUUGUUCGGAAACUCGAAUGGGUCUCCUCGUCCAGCCAGUAGUGCCGGUCACCUAUUCGGGAAUGGCAGCAAGGCUACUGCUACUGGCGGAGACUUUGGUGGCGGGCUGUUUGGGAACUCGAACCAAGCCCAUCAGGAAUCUGGCGAUGAACGUCUGUUCGGUGGUCCCUUCCGGCCGUCUCAUGGCCAUGCUACGGGAGGCCUCUAUGGUAAUUCCAACUCCGGGCGCACCUUCGGCUCUGGCAAUGGAGCUGGGGGCGGAGGUUUGUUUGGCGAAGCAUCUCGUCACAGUCAGGGGACUAGGGGUGAUCCUUUGUUCGGUUUUAGGCCUACUACGAGUACUGGAACUAGUCUGUUCGGGAACAACAGCCAUUCCUACCCAAGCUCACCGCCUAGUAGCUCCAGAGAACGUGGCGAGCCUGAUGUCGAUGAGUACCACGCUCUAUUGAAAAGGUACGGUCUGAACGAAUCAGACGUUGGAACUUUCAGGGAAAACUACCCUGCUGGGGAGAUCCAUCACGCUGAGCUCAGGAAGAAACUUUGGUUGAGCCAUCUGACCUCGGAAGAGGUGGAUCGUUGGAAUUCCUUCGCACAUGGACAAUGGUCCGCCGACGAUGCCAGAAAGUACGAUGAGUUCGGCCGUGAGAGGCCUAGAACCAUGGAGGACUUUCGUAAGCGCCUCUCCCGUGAGCAAGAAGUCUUUGAACGAUAUGACAGGGAAGCAUUAAAGUCGUGGUCCAUCAAGAGUUUGUUUGGCAACAGGCCUGAUGGGCUUACAUUUUAUUAUGGCGGACAGGAGAGUGGAGCCAGAAGCAAGAACAAUGGGUACCCCCUCUCUCCACCCUUUGGCAGUAAGGGAACAGGGAGUGGAUCAUCUGGCGCUGAUGUUAAGAGAGAGAAGAAGUUUCAGGGAUUAGAGGCCUCCAUGUGGGCAACCGAUGAACCACUGCCACGUUCCAGACCCGAAGGCGGAGCCCCUCGCCCAGACUCAUACUGGGAUCAGGACGAUAGUGAUCGCCCGGAAGGCUCUUUCGGUCGCAACCAACGCGAUCGCUCGUCUGGCAGAUCACGCGCUGAGCGCUCGCAGCGCAGCGAGGACAAGCGACCUAUCAACUUUGCCCAGUAUGAGUCCGACACGGACACGGACGACACAGCGUACCGAACCAAGAAGACCGCACAACCAGAGCGGCAAGAGAAGCAGAAUGACCAAGCGAAGGAGCGUCAGGAGAAUGCUAGAGAGGAGCCACAGGCGAAGGAGGAGCAGAAUGUUCUUUCGUUGGAGGAUCGUGUCAAACGUGUGGCGAACACGAAGUUUGGGAGUAUUCAUGGGGAAAACACUGGGGGUAAAGAUAACGGCGAGGGCAAGGGGCACGGAAAACUGGAAGAGAAUUAA